GAGGACACUGUUGAACGUUAACCAAGAAGUGAUAUGACAGAUAGUAGUUUAAUCAGAUUCCGUUAAGAAAUUCUGUACACGAGAGUUUGCCAUGGACACUCUGAGAGCAUUAGCGAUAAUUACGAUCAUUAUUCUACUCUUUCAUUUCUUUCUGGUGUGUAUGUUUCGUUUACAUCGUGUUUGCAUUUCAAGGAGACUGAGAAAUGGAGAUUACCAUGAACGCCCUACGGAAAAGAAAGAUGACACUAAGUCUUGUAGUGAAGUGGUCAAUGAAGGCUCUGAAGAAGAGAGAUCCAUCCUUCCCGCUGCCCCUGAAGACAGUGCCUACCUUGAACCCAUACAGACUGCGAUAAGAGACGCCACUUACGAAAAUGUCACUCCAGGCAUCACUAACUUCGGUGUUGAAGGGAUUUUGAACAGACUGCUUGAGUCUGGGGCUGUGCAGACGUUGAUCCGGAGCAUGCCUAUACAUCUUGAGGAGUAUGAUUGCACCCAGCCCUCUGAGAACCUUUUAAAGAAUUGGUGUAAAGAUAUUCUACCAUGUAACAACACGAGAGUUAUCUUGACGCCCAUAUUUGGCAUUGAAUCUACCGAUUAUAUCAACGCUAGCCACAUUAAGGGUUUUGGCGGAGGUCUGGAGUACAUUGCUUCACAGGGUCCCCUCGACACGACCGUGGGAGAUUUCUGGAGGAUGAUUUGGGAGCAGCGAGUGUCUGCUAUCAUCAUGGCUGCCAAUUUUCAUGAGACGUCCGAGAUGUAUCCUGGCUGUCGCCUUGCCGAGUAUAUUAGGGUCGGGCCACCUCUUCAAGGGAGUGGAUUCACUGUUACCAUUCUCAAGUCACGCCUGAGAAAGGAAUUUUCUUCCUCGACUGUUCAGAUUGAGUACAACGGCGCCACGCGCACCGUGGAGCACUACCAUCAUCCUAAGUGGGAGCAAAACCCACAUAAGAACGUCACCCGAUCCCUGGCGGCCAUGCUGCGGCAUUUCCUGGAUCUCCAUAAAGAGGGCACAUGGUAUGGAAAGUAG